CCCUUCGCACACAUCUCUCUCUCUCUCUCUCCCCCCCACUAGCAAUGGCUAAGAUCAUCCCCUCUCUCAUCCAGCAAUCGCAAUCAGUUGCAGCUGCCGAGAAAGUUCGUAUUCCAGCCGUUGCGGCAAUGAAGAGAGUGUCAGAUUCCAGCAACCUGACUGCUGAACCUCGGGCUGAGUCGACUCAGAUUUUCUGGAUGAGAGAUCCCAAGACCGGGAACUGGAUCCCAGAGAACCACUUCGACGACGUCGACGUGGCUGAGCAGAGAGAGAAGCUUCUCUCCAAGAAAUAGAAAUGCUGACUCGGAACGAGUCAACUCGGACGAGUCAAGUUAACUCAUAAAGCCCAUAUGACUCGUCCGAGUUAACUCAUACUCUUAUACUUCCUUUCAUCUUGGCUGAUGUAAUAUGUAUUAAUGAUGAGGAUGAUAAUAAUGAUUGAU